AUGUCUGAGUCCACCGAUGUUCAAGCUCUAGCAAAAAUAUCUACGGAAGUAGACGAAUCACAAAUCAAAGUGGUAUUUUCAAGUCAAUGCAUAAAAGCUCAAGCAUUUUUGGUCGACAAACUCCGUAAGCAAACCGACAGACUAAAGGAAAUUUGCAAUUUUAUGAGUAGCGCUAACGUGAAAUUGGAAUCUGAAAUAAAGUUCGCGGAGAAUGAAAUUAUAAGUUUUCGACUAUCUCAAGAAACAAUAAAAAGUGCAAAUGUAGAACUUAAAAAAGAGUUGCUGAUUGCAAAAGAGUCAAAAUUGGAUAUUAUUGAACGCAUUAAAAACGGAGAGAAAAGAUAUGAAGAAUUGUGGUUGGAGUGCAAAAGUAGGUUUGAAAGUAUCCCUUACGUACAAAAACUACUGCAAGCCCAAAACAAAAUGAAGGAAUUGAGAUCUUAUGUGGAAGAACUUAAAGAUCAAGCAGAAAAACUGUCAAAGGAAAUACUCAUAAAAAGAAAUGAUUUUGCUAAUUUAAACAUAAAACGUGCAAUAGAAUUAGCUGUAUACAUUACUCAAGAUAGACCAAAUGACAUUAGGCGUAUCGAAGAAAUUAAAAUACAAAUAUCUGAACUAACUAAGGAGAUACAAGAGAUGCAUAUUGAACAGGACUCUGGUUCUAUCUAUAACGAUGUUUCAAUUUCUGGUAAUGAUUCGAAGAAAAUAAAUAGUAGUAAGUCUCAAGAUCCUGAUUCACCAGAUUUGGGAAAAGAUAUCGAAGUUGACUUACUAGGUCCGCUAAUGAUACCGAUAUUUCAAAGCAAUGACGACGUUGAUAUCAUCAGUGAUAAAUUGGAGCAGGUUAAAAAAAUGGAUCUCUUAGCAAAUACAACGCACAAUAUUCAAUCAGUUCCAACACCUUCUACAUCGAAACAAAAUGCCCGCGAUACUCUGUGGACUCGUGAAAAACCCGAUGAAUACUUAUCCUCGUUUUUCGAUAAACCAAGAAAUGUUGAAGGGAAAUACAAAAACUAUUCUAGAAAUAAACUAAUAAACAUAUUAGAGGACGUAAAAUUAGAUAAAAGUGACGCGUUAGAUUUCGUUUCUAAAGUUGUUCCCGAAAAACUGCAACCAGUUCACGUUAUAGCACCAGCUUCCGGACCAGACAACAAUAACGAUCAAAUCAAACAAAGUGAAGAUUCUAAAAAAUGUAAGACCAUUCAAGUUGUUGAAUUAACGAGUCAAGACGAUAUCCUUAUACCUCCUACGCAGUUUACGGAUACGAAGGAUUCAGAGGAGGAUGAAAAAAACACCAAAAAUAAACUAUCGCAGCACGAAAAUGAAAAUGCCAAGCAAAUUGAUGUGGUCGAUGAUGCUGAAGCUGGGGAUGACGAAGUUGCCAAAAAAGAGGUUAUAUGUAGUUUAACAUCUCAUAGUAUUGAUGAAGAGGCAAAUAAGUUUGAAGAGAUAAUGGAAGUCGACGUUACUGACACCGUUAACAAGUCAGUGGACGCAAGUGUCGUGGACCAGGAUGACUUUUCUAAGAUAAAAGAUAUGAUAUUCAAAAAACACAAUUUAGAUUUGUCUCCUCAAUUUACUUACUCUAAAAAUAUUUCUACGAAUAUAAAUAAAAACGUGUUCACGUCGAAAUUUUUCGAAAAGAAUGAAAUCCUCGAAUCUAAUAAUGAGAUUGCAGACAAAGAAUGUUCUAAUAAAGCAAAAUGUUCAGAAGACCGUACUAGAAGCGACACUGUGGAUUUUGAAAAUGCGCCUGAAGCAAAUGCAACAGCCAUGGAUGUUGAUGUUGAAACAAAUUCUCAAGCGAUUUAUCAAAAGCAACAGAAUCCAGUAAAAGGUUUCUUAUUUAGCCACGGUCCUAACGACAUACCCGAUUCUUUAGAUAUAUCGGUUAGUACCACUGGCUUCGAAGACGUUGAUGCAGAAUUUCCACAUUGUAUAGAUUCUAGCUUGUUGCUGUCACCUAAAGCUGAUCUACCAAUGGCCAGUCAAGAUGUUGAUGUGCAGUCUCAAGAAGUACCAAAUUUUUUGACAGGCCUCCGAAAAGCUGGACUUUCAUUAUUUGGGGAGUCUACAAAAUCAAAGAAUGAUGCGAAUACCGAAAAUAAUGGUGAAGGUUUCACUUUUAAUUUUAGCGGAGAAGAAAAAAAGAGCAGGGGAGGCUUGUUUAGUAUGUUCCAUUAAAAAUUAUUUCUGUUAAUAUCUG